CACACAGCAGGGGGUUGAAAAGAGAUGAUCACUGUGGUCCUUUUUAACCCAGGCCAUUCUAUGAUUAGCAGGGAGGCUAACCACUGGUAUUUUGGUCGCUUUGGUUUACUCUGGUGUGAUCUUUCUGACCUGCCUGUGCUCUCAUGAAACCAGAGAGUUGCAGUGUCCAGGACUGCUCGGCUGCUGGUUUCAGGAUGAACUUAUUUACGUAUUUGGGUUUGGUCUUUUUUUUUUCUUUUUUUUCCUCUGAAGUCUGCAGAUAGGAAAACUGAGCUUGAGAAAUUGAAACACCUCAAUUAUUACCUUCUGUACAGACCUUGAGCUCUGCCUGGUGACCAUGCUGUCUCCAACAUCCCUACCACAAUACAGACACAACACCAAAGAGUCAAAGAUGUGACAAGUCUGCAAGAAGUGACUUUUAUUUUCCAUGCCAGAGUGUUGUGUGAAAGCUACAGCACCCAACACUUUUUGCUGAAAAUGGUAGAGUAGCUUGGGGCCAGUGUUGGCUACAGGUGACAUCCUUCUUUAGAAACUGACAGAGGCAGUAGUUGACGCUUUUCUGGUAUGUGACAUGCAGGCUCUCCUCAGGCUGUCUGUGCUGUUAACAGGAGCAUACAGCUUACCACAUCCAGCUGCAAACCACUCACAGCAACUCACUGUGAGUAGUGAGGUCAGCUGCUCAGGCAGCGGGUUUGUCUUGCUGAGAAUUUGCUGCUCUUGAAAGCCUUGGCAAAUCAGGUUGGUCUGUUGUACUUCAGAGAGAUAACAAGGCUAGAUUCAAAAUGUAUGUAAGAUCAGGUAUGAAAAGGUGUUUUCAUUGGCUUGCCUGGCAGGAAUCAGGUGCAGUGCCACAGUCAGCUUUGAAAUUCUGAGAUGCUGCUUGCACUGUGGGCUCAGAGGUGGUUUUCAGAUGUGCUUAUUCAGAGAACUGGUACUCAUAAAUUAUAAUUCUAGCUAGUCCAAUUGUUGUUUUAGGAUAAAGCAACAGUUUCAGGUUGGUUUGUUCCAUUUCAACUUCCCCUGUCUGGAAAGUUGUGCUGUGAAGUCUGACAUGUCAAUAUGCAAAGCACAUCAAAUGUGUCUGACAGCUGCUUUAUUUUUAUUUUUCUUGUUGCCUGGAUAAGAGACUGUAAUAUUAUAGGAAAGAUCUUGCCAUGAAAUGAUUUCAUUUGUGACCCAAAUAGUAGCAACCUGAUACAUGAAGGCUUUUACUUCAUUCUAAUUAGUCAUUAUGUCUUACGAUGUUUGGAGCCUGAAAAAACAGUUUAGCAAUGCUCAUUAUUAAAAACUCUUUAUAAGGAUUUAUGAGAUUCUGGUGCCAACACUAGAGAAAUAAACUUGUAUACAAAGUGAUCACUUGCUUUAAAUUGACUGGUGUUAUUCCAGUUUGGGCAAAGAUGGCCAAAUCUGUGUGAAAUGUGGCAGCUGACGGGCAUUUCAUCACAUGAGAAAGCUCUGGUUCCAGUAGUGGUUUCAGUGAUCCUCAUUCUAAUUCAUCACAAGAAAAAUAUGCAUCAUUUGGGAAAACUUCCUUGUCCUGUGUGAUUAUUUUUUAAAAAAUAAACUUAAUAACCCACGUUGUUGUUUUGCAAGGAAAAUCUAGGAAGCUGGAAUUACCUUGUUACCAUUUACAGAUUUAGAAACUGGCUGCUUAUGUAGAGUCUCAGUUUUAGGAUGAGGAAAAGCUUGCUGGAAGGCUAGAUUUGCUGCCUAGGAGGGUAGCAGAGGUAGUGAAACAUUGUCUGGUGGGGUGUAGCUACAGCUCUUCUUCUUGUAGUCCUCUGCUCCCAGUGAAGAACAACCCCAUGGUGCAGUGUCUCUCCCUCAGCUGAGCCACUUGCAAGCAAGUGAUGCAGCCUUCCACCUGUGCUGGGCAGGCAGUUUGCAGAGUGGUUGGAGAAACCAGGCUUUAUGAUGGUUAAUCUUCUGGCAGCUGUGACUGAAAUGGAGCAGGAUUGUCAUGUUGUCUAAUUUUAGUGCUGUUUGUAAGUAGCAGCUGUGGGACAUCCCAAAAUCUGGUUGAAUCUGUGCUCAGUGUAGUUGGCAGAGCCACCAACAACAGCAGAGACAUGCUCAGCCUUCAGAGUUAGCUUUGAAGAUGACAGCAGUGAGCUUGAAGAAUGUGGGGCAUGUUCUGUUUUUGUGCUGUGAACGCUUAGAACUGCUUUGAAGACAUAUCUAUGUUUAUGGGGCGAGCUGCACGGCUUUUCAAAUCAAAUUUUCCUUUAUUCUGUUGGCAAGUAAACGAGCUCAUCAUCCAUCAUCCAGCCCCAUUCUGAAUGGGGGGGGUGGUGGCGUUCAAACAGUUGUUUUGUGGUGGUUGGGUUUUUUGUUUUUCGGUUUUUUUUCCUCAUGGUGCUUAAGUUCUCUCUUAGCCUCCUACACAAGAGUAAAUUCUGAUGCCUCUCAGCCAUCCCUUGUUUGGAGACCAGCCACACGCAAAUGGCCGCACUUUUAUCUUCCUGUACAUAUGUAAUUAAAUCUGGCCCUGCAACAGGAGAGAGGCUGAGAAAGCCCCUGAACAGGAGCAGAGGUUGAUUAGUAAGGAUUAUGUGAGAUUGCUGAUUGAAUCAGCAGUGAAUGCAAUGAAGCAGUGAUUGCCAGAGCAGUCAGAAUGAAGCGAGUGCCUGAAAUGGUGUUUGCCACAUCUUGUCUUCUGUUUGCUCUAGAAAAGAAUAUUUUCUCUGCGCUGUCCCGCAUCCCCAAAUCAACUGCUGCAUCCUGUCACCCAUCCGUGAUCCUUUAAGGGCUGUUACUUCUGCCACCCCUGAGAGAUAUCAGUUUUGACUCUUAGAGCUGUUUGUACCUUGAAGACAAGCUUGCAGGCAACUGCUAUGUCAGUGGACUGCCUGGGACAGCACGCAGUACUCUCAGGCCGCCGUUUCCUCUACAUAGUCAAUCUGGAUGCACCAAACGAGGGCCAUCGAAAGAUCUCCCGGCAGAGCAAGUGGGACAUUGGGGCAGUGCAGUGGAACCCACACGACAGCUACGCGUACUAUUUUGCAGCUUCGAGCAACCAGCGAGUUGACCUGUAUAAGUGGAAGGAAGGUAAUGGGGAAGUUUGCACAUCCUUGCAAGGACACACACGUGUGAUCAGUGACUUGGACUGGUCAGUGUUUGAACCAGACCUGCUUGUCACCAGUUCUGUUGACACGUACAUCUACAUCUGGGACAUCAAAGACACCAGGAAGCCUACAGUCUCGCUCUCUGCAGUAGCUGGAGCUUCCCAGGUCAAAUGGAACAAGAAGAAUGCCAACUGUUUAGCAACAAGCCACGAUGGGGAUGUCCGAAUAUGGGACAAAAGGAAACCCAGCACUGCAGUAGAAUACUUAGCAGCUCAUCUCUCUAAAAUCCAUGGUCUGGAUUGGCAUCCUGACAAUGAGUACACGCUGGCCACUUCCAGCCAGGACAACUCUGUGAGAUUCUGGGAUUACCGUCAGCCUCGGAAAUACCUCAAUAUCCUUCCCUGCCAGGUUCCUGUCUGGAAGGCGAGAUACACGCCUUUCAGCAAUGGGCUGGUGACAGUGAUGGUUCCGCAGCUCCGACGAGAGAACAGCCUACUUCUCUGGAAUGUCUUUGACUUGAACACACCUGUUCAUACUUUUGUGGGACAUGACGACGUGGUGCUGGAGUUUCAGUGGAGGAAACAGAAAGAAGGUUCUAAAGACUACCAGCUGGUUACGUGGUCUCGUGAUCAGACUCUGCGGAUGUGGCGGAUUGACUCUCAGCUGCAGAGGCUGUGUGCUAAUGAUAUCCUGGAUGGAGUUGAUGACCUCAUCGAUGGGAUUUCUCUUCUGCCCGAGCCAGACAAGACCCUUCAACCACAGGACUCUGAGCCCCAGCAUAGCUCUGGACAUGGGGAUGAGGAAGCCUUAAAAGAAGACUUCCUGAAUGACCUCCUGGUGGGAAAGAAAACAGACCAACUGGGGCUGCCUCAAACACUGCAGCAGGAGUUCUCACUGAUCAACGUGCAGAUCCGAAAUGUCAACGUGGAGAUGGAUGCGGUGAAUCGUAGCUGCACAGUGUCAGUGCACUGUGGCAACCACCGAGUCAGGAUGCUGGUGAUGUUCCCUGUCCAAUAUCCCAAUAAUGCUGCGCCAUCCUUCCAGUUCAUCAACCCCACCUCCAUCACUGCCUCCAUGAAGGCCAAGCUGCUGAAGAUACUGAAAGACACUUCUCUGCAGAAAGUGAAGCGGAACCAGAGCUGCCUGGAGCCCUGCCUGCGUCAGCUCGUCUCCUGGCUGGAGUCUGUCGUGAACCAAGAGGACAGCACGUCCAGCAACCCCUAUGCUCUGUCCAACUCCGUGACGACCCCCCUGCCCACCUUUGCCCGGGUCUCCAAUGCCUAUGGCUCCUACCAGGACUCGAACAUCCCAUUUCCACGGACCUCUGGAGCCCGGUUCUGUGGUGCAGGGUACCUGGUGUAUUUCACGAGACCCAUGACUAUGCACCGUGCAGUGUCCCCAACGGAGCCCACACCCCGGUCCCUGUCAGCUUUGUCAGCAUACCAUAGUGGCCUCAUUACUCCGAUGAAGAUCCGUACAGAGACUCCAGGCAAUCUGCGUUUGUACAGCGGGAGUCCUACACGCAGUGAGAAGGAGCAGGUCUCCAUUAGCUCCUUCUACUACAAAGAGAGGAUGUCUCCUCGCUCUGCCCGGCGGCGUUGGUCCAUACAAGCAAUUAACGACUUCCCGAAGUCAAGGAGGUGGAAAAGCAAACGGGAGGGGACAGAUGCCAACAACCGACCCAUCAAAGCUGCUGGGAAAGUUAUUAUACAAGAUAUUUCCUGCUUGCUGCCUGUGCACAAGCUGCUGGGAGAGCUCUACAUAUUGAACGUAAAUAAUAUCCAGGAGACUUGCCAGAAGAAUGCUGCCUCAGCCAUGGCUGUUGGACGGAGGGAUCUUGUACAGGUAUUACACUGAAUCAGACCUCUUCCUCAGCAUGCUGCACUACCCUUAAACGGCUUGUGCUGUUGCCUUGACACCUGGACAGUCAGCUGGCCUCAGCACUUGUUCCUGUGUAUGUGAAAUGGCUGAUGAACUGAGGGGUGUGAGACAGCUCCAGAGGUGCUCUGUACCUCCUUGGUUUUGGCAGUUAGAGCUCCCCUCUCUGGGCUGCAAGCAGGAUGUUGUAUGCCUGUUGCCAAACAGAGUGAAGCACAUUUUUCAGGCAAAUCCUGAAUUCAGGCAGAGCUAGGAAUGCAGUCUGCAUUCGAGUCUGCAGAGGAAGUAACUGUGCACAAAGUUGCCAAGCUGCUGUUAGCAUUUGAUUGAUGGUUUUGUCUUGUGUAAUACUUCCUGUUGUAAUUAGCUCAACAUUAAUCUACUCUGCUGCUGUGUGCUAACUGCAGCCAGGUCUCCCCAGGAAAAGUCUGCAUCCAGAGACCCAGCCCUAGAAGGGGGCUAUCCGCUUGCAUUCGGCUAGUAGCAGGGGAAGGAUGAGUGCUUUGGCUUGUGCCUUGCCGUGUGCUUGGUUAGUCCAGAGCAACAGGCAGAACAUUCACCAGGACUGGGGAGCGGGCUGGCACUGCCAGAGCAGUGUGUGCCUCUGUCUGAGCCCCUCUGCUGAGUAUUUGGCUCCCCCUAGCACGGUGCAGGGAGCAGCCAUGGGCUCGCUGAAUGGCAGGAGCCACCUCAAGCUGUUGUCUUAGAUUGUUAGCUUCGUGGUUCUGCCACACCUCCAGGAAGAAGGUAGGUCUCAUUUUCCUCUGUGCCUCAUUUUGCAGACUGGUUUACCUGGAGUACAGGAGCUUGGGUAGGACAACUUCAGCAGGAUCCUUCUGAUAUCUCUGUUUCUUGCUCAUUGUUCCCUGCCUGUGUAACUGCAGCCCCUAUUGUAGCUUGCCUUGCUCCUUAAAGAUGUGGAGGCUUGAGUGAUGGACUCACAUACGAGACAUGCUCUGGAGCAGUAUAGGAAGUGACAUUUUUCCAGGUUCCUUUCUGUAGUUUUUCACAUUCAGACCUGUCCUUGUUUCAGUCUCUUUACUGUUUCUUUCUCUCCCAUUUAUGGGGUUACGAUUCCUGGCUGUUCCUCUGGGUACUUGCAGCACUUGUGUUUUCUCCCGAGCUUUUCUGUAUUUGCAGCUAUAGUUGUCCCCUCUCUGACUCCUGGUCUUUCCAGCAUGGUGCUCACUUUCCUUU